UUUUUUUUUUUUUUUUGAAUUGAAUUGAAUAGGGCUCAGACAGUCGCACUCGCACACAAUAUUUGCAAGAGAAAGAAGUGCAUUAAUCUGAGAAGUGUCGCAAUUACGAGUCUCACUACCAUGUCUUCUCCAUCAACUACACCCAUCCGCCAUUUUUGAAUGGCCUCCAAAAUCUCUCCUCUUCCCUCAAAACUUAAGCAAUUUUCUCUCUCCACAACACAGUUCGUUUCACUCUUGGAAAGCUACACCAACACUCGAUCCCUCUCUAAAAUCAAGCAACUUCACGCUCACAUCAUCAGUACUGGUAUACUUUCUCUCUCCUCUUUCAAACCCUUUACUCUUUGCUCUAAUCUUGCUUCAAGUUAUGCUCUUUGUGGUCAUGUUGCAUAUGCAUGUAAGCUGUUCGACGAAUUGCGUCAACCAAAGUUGUUCUUGUAUAAUGCCGUUAUUAGGGCGCAUUCUCAAAGUGGUUCGCCAUUUGAGGUUCUUAAGCUUUUUGUUGAUGUAUUGUCAUCUGGGUAUUUGUUUCCUGACAAAUUUACAUACCCUUUUGUUAUUAAGGCUUGUGGAGACUUGUUGUUGCUUAAGACUGGUGUUGUGAUUCAUGGGAAAGUUAUAACUGGUGGGUUUGGUUCAAAUUUGUUUUUGUUGAAUUCUUUAUUGGCUAUGUACAUGAAUUGUGGUGCGGUUGAGAUGGCGAGGCGCGCUUUUUAUGUGAUGGGUGAGAGGGAUAUGGUGUCUUGGGCGACUAUGAUAAGUGGGCUUGUUAAGAAUGGGUGUGCUAAUGAUGCUCUAGUGAUCUUUGAUGAAAUGAUUGGUGUUGGUGCAGAGCUUAAUAGGUCUGCUGUGUUAUCUGUGUUGUCUGCUUGUGGGGAUUUAGAUGAUUUAACUUUUGGAAGAAAGGUUCAUGGGAUUGUUGAAGAGAGAGGACUACGAGAUGAUGUAUGUGUAUCUAAUGCGUUGAUUAAUAUGUAUACAAGAUGUGGUAGCAUGAAUGAUGCUAGAGAAGUGUUUGACAGGAUAAAGGAGAAAGAUGUAGUGACAUGGACCUCUUUGAUGAAAGGGUAUGUUAUGAAUGACAAUGCUAGAUAUGCAUUGAACCUUUGUAGGUUGAUGCACCUCGAAAAAGUGGUGCCUAAUUCAGUGACUAUUGCUAUGUUGCUUCAGGCUUCUGGAAGUUUGCAGGCAGUGAAACAUGGCAGGUGCUUGCAUGCUUGGGUAGUUAGGCGAAAUCUUUUCCGUGAUGCAAUAAUUGAAACCGCUUUGAUUGACAUGUAUGUGAAAUGCAAUCAUGUCUGUUAUUGCUUUUUAAUUUUUGAUCAAAGUUCACAGAAGAGAGUAGCAUCCUGGAACGCAAUGAUUUCUGCAUAUACAUAUAAUGGUUUGGCGAGUAAUGCAGUACACUGUUUUAAACAAAUGUUGCAUGAAGCAAUACGUCCUGAUGCUAUUACUUUUAGUAGUCUCCUUUGUGGUUGUUCUGAUUUAGCUGACAGACAACAAGCUUUUAGUGUUCACAGCUACAUGUUAAAAUCUGGAUUUCUCUCAGAAUACGAAGUUUUGAGGGGCCUGAUUGAUUUAUAUUCAAAAUGUGGAAGCUUGAAGUAUUCUCAGAAGAUAUUCAGUGAAGUUCCACUGGAGUGCAGAGAUAUUACUUUGUGGGGUGCACUAAUGGCUGGAUAUGGAGCACAUGGGCAUGGUGAAUAUGCAGUUUUACUUUUUAAGCGCAUGGUUCAAUCUGGAGUUAAACCGAAUGAGGUUACCUUCACCUGUGUUCUGGAUGCGUGUAGCCAUGCUGGUUUAGUAGAUGAGGGUCUUGAGCUGUUCACAUUGAUGCUCAGAACAUGCCAAAUUAAUCCCAGCAUUCAUCAUUAUACAUGUAUGAUUGAUCUUCUUGGUCGGGCUGGUCGUUUGCAAGUAGCAUAUGAUUUGAUCAUAACAAUGCCGUUUAUGCCUAAUCAUGCUGUUUGGGGUUCUUUGCUGGGUGCUUGCAUGGCACAUCAAAAUGUUGAACUUGGAGAGAUUUCGGCAAAAUUACUUUUUAUUAUGGAGCCAGAGAACAUGGGUAAUUAUGUCUUGCUGGCAAACAUAUAUGCUUCUGCAGGCAGAUGGAAAGAUGCAGAGAAUAUGCGUUCGAUUAUAGAUAAAGUUGGAUUAAGAAAGACGCCUGGUCAUAGUUUGGUCGAGGUCAAAGUCAAUUAGGUAACCUUGGAAAAAAAUGAGGAUAGGUAGGGAGCUCCUAGGGGUCCAGUGCAGUUCUUGUUUUUGAAGCUUGCUUUUGGUGUUUAGUUCUAAACCAGGCCAUCUCUUAAGAUCUGAAGCAAUUCACGAAUCAUGGCAUCUGAUAUUCUGAUCCAUGCUUGUAUAACAGUUAUCAGUUGCAGGUGCAAAUGGUUGGCGAUUCAUAGCUAAUUCUGACGUCAAGUUCUGCUUUUCAAAGAAAGCCAGUAAAAUAAUAGGAAGACCAUAUUCCAUUUUAAGCAGAGCCUAAUGGAAUUUAUGAAGUAUGAUUUAAUCGGAACAAUGGAUGUGACCGUGAUAUAAACUAGAUCACUCUGACUUGUAAAACAAAAUUCUGCAAAAGGCAGGACAGGUUUAUGUGGUGAAUUCAAUCUUGGAUUAAAAUCGUUUUCUUUGAUAAACAGCCAUUGGUGUACUUGACAAGAGUCACAGGACAACUUCGCCCGACUUUUAUCUGAUGUAAUGUACUUAUGUACUAUU